AGGAAGAGUUGGAUGUACACUCAUGCAAAGGACAAUCGACCUCUCGACAAGUAACAUCAUCUUCCUCUUCGAAAAAAGGAACAUGAGGAAAAGACAGUGGACAACAAAAUUACACGAAUGCCUACAAGAAACAAAAGAAUCCACAUUCAUGGUUCCAAACAAAUCAGCAAACGAGAUCGGAACUUGAAUGAUUCAAACCAAACGAUAGAAGUUUCAAAUACAACAUGUAUGUUUGGUUCACUAGAUUCUACCACAAGAGGGCCCGAUCAUACUCAAAAGAAGAGUUUGAACUUUGAUCGUGACUCCGAAGGGGACUGAAUAAGAUCUCGAUAAAAAGACAAAGCCAAGAUAGGGGCUCGCUUUGGUGGAAAAUUCAUACUUUCUUUUUAUGUGUCAUGACCCACCCCAGAAGGCAUGUGCAUCAAGCCUCUAGCAACCACACAAGAGAGACCCUUUAAUCCUUAGCUUCAAAAUUACCUUAUCUGAAUAACCCACCAUAUUUACACUAAACCUAGUGAAACCAGAAUUAGCGAAGUGGGGUGAAAAAAAAAAAAUAGAUACAUGGGAAGUUACAAACAGAGAGGCAUUGUUAUGUUACCUUAAUGGGAUAGAUAUCGAAUCUCCAAGAAAAAUCCACACCCUUCAAUUGAAAAAGUCAAGCAGUUGGUCAAUAAGUCAAAAUAAUAAGCUCUCCACGGUUUUGUUUCUAUCGUCACUAUUCCAACCCUUUCCUUCUCAUUCACUCCCCCUUCCUUUUCUUCUUCCUUUUUUCCUUUUCUUUUUUCCCUUUCCUUUUCUCCCACCAACACCCACAAUCCAAAUCUUCCACUUCCAGGAAAAACCAACCCAUUCGAUAAUGGCGAUGAAAACCCAUUCUGAAUUCUGAAUUCCCACAAACCCCUUUCUUUUCUCAACAUAAACUCCCAAUUUUAGAUUCAAGACAGCUAUUUCAUUUUGGCCAAUGUCACAACAGAAGACCAUUUCCCACAUCGAUAACUUACCAUCAACGCCGGGGAAGUUCAAGACGGAGAAAUCUCCGCCCUACAUUCACCGGUUGAGGGUUCAUUCUGCUAUUUCCAGGCUCACUCUAUGGUCUUUCUUGUUCUUGAUUUUCAUUAUCUGUUUCUUUUUCCUCUCCCCUCCUUCAUCCUCCGUCUCCCCUCGCCGAGCCCUUGGUGGGGACUCUUGGGGUGGCCAUAAUUGGGAGAAAAAGGUCAGCCGUUCUGCUCAAACUCAAACUGGCAUCACCGUCCUUGUCACCGGCGCUGCUGGGUUCGUCGGAACUCAUGUCUCAGUUGCCCUGAAACGACGAGGUGAUGGGGUUCUUGGACUCGAUAACUUCAAUGACUACUACGAUCCACAGCUCAAAAGAGCUCGGAGGAAGCUUCUUGAUCGUGCUGGUGUGUUUGUUGUAGAAGGAGACAUUAAUGAUUCAGAAUUGCUUCGUAAGCUCUUUGAUGUUGUGGCUUUCACCCAUGUUAUGCACCUUGCGGCUCAGGCUGGAGUCAGGUAUGCAAUGCAGAAUCCAGGUUCUUAUGUGCACAGCAAUAUUGCUGGGUUUGUGAACCUUUUGGAAGCUUGUAAGUCAGCAAAUCCACAGCCCGCCAUUGUUUGGGCUUCUUCUAGCUCAGUCUAUGGAUUGAAUUCUAAAAUACCCUUUUCAGAAAAGGAUCGAACUGAUCAACCAGCGAGUCUUUAUGCUGCUACAAAGAAGGCUGGAGAGGAGAUAGCCCAUACUUACAAUCAUAUUUACGGGCUUUCAAUCACUGGUUUGAGAUUCUUUACUGUUUAUGGACCUUGGGGUCGCCCUGACAUGGCGUAUUUCUUCUUCACUAGGGAUAUUCUUAAGCGGAGGCCGAUAACAAUCUAUGAAGCUCCUGAUCAUGGUACAGUUGCUAGAGAUUUUACUUACAUUGAUGAUAUAGUGAAGGGGUGUUUAGGGGCUCUUGAUACUGCUAAGAAGAGUACAGGGAGUGGUGGGAAGAAGAGGAAGCCUGCACAGUUGAGGAUUUUCAAUUUGGGAAACACAUCACCAGUACCAGUGAGUGAGCUUGUUUCCAUAUUAGAGAAGCUGUUGAAAGUUAAGGCAAAGAAGAAACUUCUGCCAAUGCCUAGAAAUGGAGAUGUUAAGUUCACUCAUGCCAACAUAAGUUUGGCUCAUAAGGAGUUUGGUUACAGGCCGACUACGAAUCUCAGGACCGGACUGGAGAAGUUUGUGAAUUGGUACAAGGAUUACUAUUCUGGUUCCAAGAAGGGAAUUGCCCGGGCUUUCUCUAACAUUUAGAUUCUCCUUCACAAUUAAUGUUGCUUGUGUCCACUGAUCGUCAAUCUUUGAUAAUUUGCUGCAUUUUUAAGGCAUAUCGUGCUUUCAAAGAAGCAGCACCUCCUCCUGCAUUAGAUUUGGUUUUUGCUCUUCAUUGCCAUUUUCUGUCAGCAGGACUAGAAGCCUCUUUUCAUAAUUGUCCCACAUGUUGCUUCAUUGUUUCUGUUCUUUUUCUGUAUUUUUUGUAAGGACUAUAUUCUGUUGAGGCUUUACAGUUCAUGAGUGAGAGAAAUGAAACAUCCUGGCCGGUUGGUGGACUUCACUUACCAUCUUGAAUAACAUAGCAACUUAUGAAAUGGCUUCUGUUUAUGUAAGACUGUAAGUCAUAUGUCCCAUUCUCUGAAUAUUGUAUUGACCCCGAACUAAUGUUUACACAAUACAUGUUAAAGUUGUAGCAA